AUGAAUAAGUCUGAUGAUAAUGAAAGACUAGAAGAAGAAGAAGAAGAAGAGCUUAGUUCUGUUGGUCAAGAGGAGACUAAUAAUCAAACAGUUCAACAAUCAAAUGAUGACGAAAGUAAACUUCAACAUGAUUUAGCUAAUGAACUUAAACAUACUCUGAAAAUUCCUAUUACUGAUGAACCUCCUAACAUUGGUCCAACGCCAUAUAAAGUGGCUAUUGUUGGAAUGAAUGAAUUAGGAUCAGCUACAGCUUUUUUAUUAAUUUGUAGACAAAUUGUAACUGAUAUUAUUAUUAUUGAUAAAAAUUCGAAAAAAUUAGCUGCUGAAUAUGCUGAUUUAAGCACUUGUACAACAUUUGUCUCAGGUGUCAAUAUACAAGCUAGUAAUCAGUUAGCAUCGUGUGAAGGUGCUCGUGUAGUUAUUCUGUGUGGCGUAAGUGAUGAUGAUGAUGAUCAUGAAAAACAGCAGAAAUCAAAUACUGUGCAAUCAUCGAAUCCACAUGAAAAUCUUUUGUCCAAUUUCAAAAUAACGUCGAGAGCUAUUAGUCACUAUGCCUCAGAUUGUGUUAUGAUUAUUGCUGUACAACCAUUUGAAGUUAUGACUCAAUUAUGUGCUGCUAAUUCUAUGAUACCAUCCUAUCGUAUUAUUGCACCAGGAACAAUGAUUGAUUCAGCUCACUUCAGAUUAUUAAUCAGUGAAAAAUUGGACAUAUCACCAGCGAGUAUAACUGGAAUAAUGAUUGGUGGCCAUGGACAAAAUAAUCUUCCAUUGUGGAAUUCGAUUACUGUUGGUGGUAUACAUUUACUUUCAGAAAAUACAUCGAUCGGAACAUCUCAUGAUAAAGAAAACUGGCAUCAACUACAUAGAAAUGCCAACCAAAGACAAGAAGACAUUAUUAAAAUAAAAGGAACGGAAGUAUGGUCAAUAUCAAUGGCUUCAAGCGAACUUGUUGAAUGUAUACUUCGCAAUAAACGUGAAAUCCAUACAGUUACUGUUAAUAUUAAGGAUCAUUAUGGUGUUAAAACUGAUCUUUUUCUUUCAAUUCCAGCUAUUAUUAGUCAAAAUGGUGUAUCUCAUUUGAUAACAAUGAACUUAGCUAAUCAUCAGAAUGAAAAUGAAUUUGCGUCUAUAAUUCAAAAUAUAGAAACGACGGUAAAAGAAAAACUAAAGAACAUUUAA